UGCGACGUUCCCUCUUCCUUCGACCUUUCAAGGUCAAGCGAGAGGUCCAAUCUCCGAGAAAUGGAGCCGUGUGAUUGUGGUUUUGAGACACAUGCGAAUCAGGACGAUCUCUUAGUCAAAUACCAAUACAUCUCCGAUGCGCUCAUUGCUCUUGCUUACUUCUCCAUCCCUCUCGAGCUCAUCUACUUCGUCAACAAGUCUGCCUUCUUCCCUUACAAAUGGGUCCUCAUGCAGUUUGGUGCCUUCAUCAUCCUCUGCGGCGCCACACACUUCAUCAACCUCUGGAUGUUUUUCAACCACUCCAAAGUCGUUGCCAUCGUCAUGACCAUCGCCAAAGUCUCCUGCGCAGCUGUCUCCUGCGCCACUGCGCUCAUGUUGGUUCACAUCAUCCCUGAUCUUUUGAGUGUCAAGAACCGCGAGUUGUUUCUCAAGAAGAAAGCCGACGAGCUUGACAGAGAGAUGGGUCUUAUUCUGACCCAGGAGGAGACUGGUAGGCACGUCAGGAUGCUUACUCAUGAAAUCAGAAGCACUCUUGAUAGACACACUAUUCUGAGGACUACGCUCGUUGAGCUUGGUAAAACUCUUUGCCUCGAGGAGUGCGCCUUGUGGAUGCCCUCUCAGAGUGGUCUUUAUCUUCAGCUUUCUCAUACUUUGAGCCAUAAGAUUCAAGUUGGAAGCAGUGUGCCUAUAAAUCUGCCGAUUAUUAACCAACUCUUUAAUAGCGCUCAAGCAAUGCACAUACCUCAUACGUGUCCCUUGGCUAAGAUUGGGCCUCCUGUUGGGAGAUAUGCGCCUCCCGAGGUUGUGUCUGUCCGUGUUCCUCUUCUACAUCUCUCGAAUUUCCAGGGAAGUGACUGGUCUGAUCUCUCUGGUAAAGGUUACGCUAUCAUGGUCCUGAUUCUUCCCACGGAUGGUGCUAGAAAAUGGAGAGACCAUGAGUUGGAACUUGUUGAAGUUGUGGCGGAUCAGGUGGCAGUGGCUCUUUCACACGCAGCAAUUCUGGAGGAAUCCAUGCACGCUCGUGACCAGCUUAUGGAGCAGAACUUUGCCUUAGACAAGGCUCGUCAAGAGGCAGAGAUGGCAGUACAUGCUCGGAAUGACUUCCUAGCUGUCAUGAACCACGAGAUGAGGACACCCAUGCAUGCCAUCAUCUCCCUGUCUUCUCUCCUUCUUGAGACUGAACUAUCUCCAGAGCAGAGAGUUAUGAUCGAGACUAUACUGAAAAGUAGCAAUCUCGUGGCUACACUCAUCAGCGACGUUCUGGAUCUAUCGAGAUUGGAGGAUGGAAGCUUGCUCUUGGAAAACGAACCAUUCAGUCUCCAAGCGAUCUUUGAAGAGGUCAUCUCUCUGAUAAAGCCAAUCGCAUCGGUGAAGAAACUAUCGACGAAUCUGAUCCUAUCUGCAGACUUACCGGCUUAUGCGAUAGGUGAUGAGAAGCGUCUGAUGCAAACAAUUCUCAACAUCAUGGGAAACGCUGUGAAAUUCACCAAGGAAGGCCACGUCUCCAUAAUAGCUUCUAUCAUGAAACCUGAGUCCUUGAGAGAAUUACCAUCUCCAGACUUCUAUCCAGUUCCAAGUGACAAUCACUUCUACCUAUGCGUGCAGGUGAAGGACACAGGGUGUGGAAUUCACACGCAAGACAUUCCUUUUCUCUUCACCAAAUUUGUGCAGCCUCGGACUGGAGCUCAGAGGAACCAUUCUGGUGCAGGACUCGGUUUAGCUCUCUGCAAAAGGUUCGUUGGGCUAAUGGGAGGAUGCAUAUGGAUAGAAAGCGAAGGGAUAGAGAAAGGGUGCACGGCUUCGUUCAUAAUCAGGCUGGGUAUCUGCAACGGUCCGAGCGGUAGCAGCGGUUCAAUGGCGCUACGUCUUGCAGCUAAAUCACAAACAAGACCAUGGAACUGGUAAUAGAUACAUUAUAUACGAUGGAUGGUGACUGCCACUGAAGAGAGCUUUUUGGGGUAACUAUCACACAGCAGGAAGAGAAAGGAGAAUGUAUUAUUAUAUACAUGGCCGGAAGGGUUGGACUGAUCUUAACUUAUUGGAUUUUUGUUGGAUGUAAUUUGUAAAUAAAAAUACAUACAUAUAUAUAUGUAUGCCGGGAGGUGUAUCUUUAUAGAUUUACCAGCGUUUGUUGAAGUUUUAUCUUGAGAGAACAUGGCAUAUGUACUAGUUCAAAGAUGGACUCAUGACUCUGUUUGUUUGAACAGCAUGAGCCUAUAAAAUAAAAGAAUGAACAGCAUGAGCCUAUGAAAUAAAAGA